AUGGAAAACCCAACCCCGCCCACCUUUAUCGACGUGGACAAAGGGAUCUGCAUCGGCUUCGUGGCCCUCAUGUCCUUCUUCCUUAUGCUCAUGAUCGUGCGGUGCGCCAAUCUGAUCGUGGAUCCCUACACCGCCAUCCCCACCUCUACCUGGGAGGAAGAGCAGAUCAAUUGA